AUGUGGGAGGAAACCGGCGGUCCCGGGAAACCCAGAGAAGAAAUUAUGAACCCCACGCAGAAAGAAGCCCGGCCAAGGUGGUGUUGCUGCAUAGCCAACCGUGUGCAGUCCUCCUCCAUAGUAGUUGGUCAUCAGGACGGAGGUGUUGACGGAAUAGCCUUUGAGGACAUCUACAUCGAGCAGAGGAAGGUGGUCAAGGUGAUACUGGAAUACGCAGACAAGAUCUUCACCUACAUCUUCAUCCUAGAGAUGCUGCUCAAGUGGCUCGCCUACGGCUUCAAGAAGUACUUCACCAACUACUGGUGCUGGCUCGACUUCCUCAUCGUCGAUGUCUCAUUGGUCAGUUUGGUGGCCAACACGUUGGGUUAUUCAGACUUUGCAGCCAUCAAAUCCCUGCGGACGCUGCGGGCCCUGCGACCCCUCAGAGCCCUCUCCAGAUUUGAAGGCAUGAGGGUGGUGGUUAACGCUCUGAUCGGGGCGAUUCCCUCCAUCAUGAACGUGCUGCUGGUCUGUCUCAUCUUCUGGCUCAUCUUCAGCAUCAUGGGCGUCAACCUGUUCGCCGGGAAGUUUGGCCGCUGCGUCAACCGCACUGGCUAUGUCCACGAGGCCUCCGAAAUCAACAACAAGUCCCAGUGCGAGUCGCGCAACGACACCUCGCAAUACUACUGGACCAAAGUCAAGGUCAACUUUGACAACGUGGGGGCCGGGUACCUGGCUCUGCUGCAAGUGGCAACUUUCAAAGGCUGGAUGGACAUCAUGUAUGCAGCUGUGGAUUCACGAGCUGUCGAGGAGCAGCCUAUCAAGGAGAUCAAUCUGUACAUGUAUCUGUACUUUGUCAUCUUCAUCAUCUUCGGCUCCUUCUUCACCCUCAAUCUCUUCAUCGGUGUUAUCAUCGAUAACUUCAACCAGCAGAAAAGGAAGUUAGGAGGACAGGAUAUCUUCAUGACAGAGGAGCAGAAGAAAUACUACAAUGCCAUGAAGAAACUGGGCUCCAAGAAACCUCAGAAGCCCAUCCCCAGACCUCUGAACCCGCUGCAGGGCUUCUUCUUCGACCUGGUGGCAAAGCAGGCGUUCGACAUCAUCAUCAUGGUGAUGAUCCUCUUCAACAUGAUCACCAUGAUGGUGGAGACGGACGAGCAGUCGCCCCAGAUGGAGUACAUCCUUAACAAAAUCAACCUGGCCUUCAUCAUCGUCUUCACCUUCGAGUGCCUCAUCAAGAUCAUGGCGCUGCGAUGCUACUUCUUCACAGUCGGCUGGAACAUCUUCGACUUCGUGGUCGUCAUUCUCUCCAUCGUUGAUCAACUUUUCUCAUGUGACAUCAUCCCUGCUGUUCCUGCUCCCUCAUGUUCAAAGGGAGAGAACGGAAAACUUGGCCAAAAAGAAACUGUCAAGAAGUAG